AUGCCAAGCUUUGAAGAGUUCAAGAUCAAAGGAAACACUGCAUACAAACAGAAUAACUUCACUGAUGCUGUGAAUUUUUACAAGAAAGCGAUCACUUAUGAUCCGACAAAUCCAGUAGGCUAUUCGAACUGUGCUAUGGCGUUGAUAAAACUGAACAAUUACGCAGAUGCCUCUCAAAUGUGUCAAAGAGGGUUGUUUUACGUUAAUGAACAAACCGACAACGAUAACAAAGUUCGCAAAAAACUUCAGUGGAGGUUAAAUGUCUGUUCAGAGCAGCUCAAAGAUGACCUGAUUUCGGUGCAAAUUCAUGAAGUAGAUAAACUACCGAGUAAAUAUCAAGAUCUUUGA